AUGGCCGAAUCUACAAAGAAGCGUACGCUUGACGCGUUUUUCAAGCCUCCUCAGAAAAAAAUCAAGGUAUCAGAAGACGGAAGUUGUCCCAGUAAAAAAGAGCAAUUCAGCAGCGAUUCAAAAUCGAUUGAGUACUCCCGUCAUGUAACCUAUCCGUUCCCUAUCCCUCACUUCCAGGCUUCAAUUGCAGCAGAGCUGUCCUGCCUCCCUUCCACAACCGGCAAGCCAAUGAAUGAUCAAGCGGAUCUCGACCUCCUCUACUUUCAACCUUAUAUUCCCAAGCAUCUUGGAAAGCAAUUGUUCCUGUUUCUGCGGUCAGAGCUGCCAUUUUACCGAGUCCAGUACAAAAUGAAGCGUGGAGGAAUCGAGACUCAGAUCAACACACCGAGAUAUACUACAGUCUUUGGCCUGGACGAGACUUCAAGGUUCGAUAAUGACGGCCAAGUGGUAGACGCUAAAACCGGAUGCCCAGCUUCGAAAGACAAAAAUUACGCCAGAUACCCACCGCGACCAAUCCCAAAGUGCUUAGAUGACCUCCGGCUUUCGACUGAAGCUGCCACAGGAUGCAAGUUCAACUUCUGCCUCGUGAACUACUACGCUUCGGGGUCGGACAGCAUAUCGUAUCAUUCUGAUGAUGAGAAGUUCCUUGGGCCUCUGCCCGCGAUUGCCUCAUUCUCGUUAGGAGCUAAGCGAGACUUCCUCAUGAAGCACAAGCCUAUUGCUCCAAAUGAAAAUUCACCACCGCCACCAGAGACGAAGCUUAUAAAACUACCGCUGGGCAGUGGGGAUAUGGUUUUGAUGAGAGGAAAGACCCAAGCAAAUUGGCUGCAUUCCAUACCGAAGAGGACAGGAAAGAACGCCGAAGACGGGGGAAGAAUCAAUAUAACAUUCAGAAGGGCAGUUAUCAGAGCAGGAACUGAGAAUUAUAAUAACUACAACGUAGGGACGGGUACUGUGCACAAGUGGGACAAGAGCUCCCUGGAGAUGAAGCCUUGGACGGUGUAA